AUGACAAAUCAUGCUCAAGGGAACUUACCGGGCACUAUUGAAGUGAAUCCUAAAGAGAAAUGCAAUGAAAUCUCUUUGAGAAGUGGUAAACAGUUAAAAGAGCCAAAAGUGGUUGAUGAGAAGAAGGGUAAAGUAGAAGAAGAGCUGCACAUCAAUAUUUCGUUUGUUGGGGCACUUGAACAGAUGUCAAGUUAUGUUAAAUUUAUGAAGGAGAUAUCAUCAAAGAAAAGGAAAUUGGAGGAUUAUGAGAUAGUGACACUUACUAAGGAGUGCAGUGCGAUACUUCAAAAGAAGCUACCUCCCAAGUUCAAGGAUCCAGGUAGUUUCAACAUUCCUUGUUCUAUAGGGAAUGUGGUUUUUGAGCAAGCAUUUUGUGAUUUAGGGGCAAGUGUGAAUUUAUUGCCUCUAUCUAUUUAUCGAAAACUGAAAUUGGGAGAAUCUAAGCCAACAACUGUGACGUUUCAGAUGGCGGAUCGCUUAGUCAAACACCAUCGCGGAGUGAUUGAGCAUUUUCUAGUAAAUGUGGACAAAUUCAUCUUCCCUACAGAUUUCAUUAUUCUUGAUAUGGAGGAAGAUGAAAAUAUUCCAAUUAUUCUUGGAAGGUCAUUCUUGGCUACUGUGAGAGCAUUAAUCGAUGUGCAGAAAGGAGAAUAA